AUGAAUGCGUUUCUCGAUAAAUACGGAAAAGACACGACCACAAACUUUCAACUUGUGAAAUGGGCCAAGGAAUGGAACGUCUCGCCGUUUUAUUAUUGCAUGCGAGAUGAAAUUGAUGAACUGAAAUACAUGAAAGUGGAUAAAACAAGUCAGUUGCAAAAUUUAAUAUCUAAAUUAGACGAUAAGAUUACGAAGGUAAAAAUAGACGUCCAACGUUUAAUAGAUAACCCAAAUGUAAACGAGGAUAGAUUGAAGCGAAAACUAACCGCUUUGGAAAGAAAACUUGGCGAAUUGCUAGCAGAACUAGACAAGACCGCGGACAAAACCAAGUUACAAAAUUCGAUAUCCAAUUUGAACGAAAAGAUCGCGAAGCAAAAAUCAGAUGUUCAAAAUAUAAUUAACAAUCUCGCACAUCCCAUUGACAAAGAUACGUUGAAACGACAAUUGACUGCUUUGGAUACUAAAAUCACGGACGAAUUAGAAAAAGAAGUGGGUGUGAUUAAAAACUUUCUUGAAAAUAAAUUUCGAGAUGAUAUGAAAAAUUAUAGUAAAGAACAAGUCAAUCCUUUGGUAUCUAGAAUUCAUGACGAUUUUUUGAGGCAAGAGAGAAAGUUGACCAAAUUAGAUGCUAUUGUCACGGACAAGUCGUAUUAUUUCAAUCUUCCAUUCGAAAGUGACACUGUCUUCGAUGGAAAAGACCAAAGUUAUAAAUCAAACAAAUACGGAUUCAAAGCAGAAAUAAAAGUGGGUUCUCGCGUAGAUGGAGAACCUAAAAACGUAUUCGAUAUCGGCGAAAUGGAAGCGUUUACUUUUCGAGGUAGAUGUCUGAUUGAAAUAGAUUUUCCCAUGAAGGUUAAAGUCAAUAAAAUAGUCUUCAAACAAACCGGUAAUGCCGUCAAACAUCUAUCAUUUUUCAUGGUAAUUUGGAAGAGACUAUACGUUUGA